GACGUUCCUCCACAAUUUCUAAUGCUGCCUUUUGUUAACAGUCGCAUUCUUUUGCAACUAUUUUUUUUGCACUCAUGGUGAAAACUGUUUUGCAGGUUGAGUGCUCCCUCAUGGCUGACAUGGCAAAAGAGAUUGUUGAAACUAAUGGAUUGUCUAAUGUUAUAACAGUUUUAAAGGGAAAAAUUGAAGAAAUUGAUCUACCAGUCACUCAUGUGGACGUCAUCAUUUCUGAAUGGAUGGGCUAUUUCCUGUUGUUUGAGAACAUGUUGAACACAGUUUUAUAUGCACGGGACAAAUGGCUUAUACAUAAUGGCAUUGUUCUUCCAGACAAAACUUCCUUGUAUUUGACAGCAAUUGAGGAUGCUGAAUAUAAAGAAGACAAGAUUGAAUUUUGGAACAAGGUUUAUGGCUUUGAUAUGAGUUGCAUCAAGAAGCAAGCCAUGAUGGAGCCUCUUGUUGAUACAGUAGACCAGAAUCAGAUUGUCACGAACUGCUUGUUGCUUAAGACGAUGGACAUAUCAAAGAUGGUUGCUGGUGAUGUGUCUUUCACAGUACCUUUCAAACUUGUGGCUGAACGCAAUGAUUACAUACAUGCUUUUGUCGCAUAUUUUGAUGUAGCAUUUACUAAAUGCCACAAAUUGAUGGGGUUUUCUACAGGGCCUCGAUCAAAGACCACCCACUGGAAGCAAACAGUUUUAUACCUGGAGGAUGUGCUGACUAUCUGCGAGGGAGAAGCACUCGUAGGGAGCAUGUCUGUUGAACCAAACAAGAAAAAUCCCCGUGAUAUAGAUAUAAUGCUCAAAUAUUCCUUGAAUGGAAGGCGCUGUCAGGUAUCCCGAACUCAAUACUAUAAAAUGAGAUGACCAUGCUACAUGGAUGAGCAGUGGCUGUAGCCUGACUGUUCAACUAGGAACUGUGUUUUUUUGGAUGCCAUUUAUGAGAGACCUUUUUGAGGGAUUCUGAUAAAUUAAGCCCUGUAAAAGCAGAUUGAGAUUGUUGGUUCUGUAUCGUUUAAACAUUUUAAUCAUCCUAACAUUACAUGAUAAUUUUAGUACAUGUAUAAUAUGUAUACUAAGUCCUUUUAUACCUCUUCUAAAUAUGUAUGUAAUUUAUCUUUUUCCUUGCAA